AGCUUGGAGAUUGUGUGAGAGAACCGAAGGAAGAAGAGAGAAGAAAGCGAGGAAAUGGCGUUGAGCUCACUGACAUGGGGUUACGCACGGAUCAUAGCUGGAACACUUCUCGGGGGGACUCUCGGAUUCUACGUAAUGCAUCGCAUCGAAGUUAGCUACAAGAUGAAGAUGGAGGAAGCGUUAAAGCAAUACGAGAAGGAAAUGCUGAGGAGACAAGAAGAAGAGAAACUUAGUCUGGUCGAUGAAGAUUCCGGUUAGCCUUGUUUUGUUUGAGUUGCGUGGGAGCAUGCCUUCUAAGUGUUCGACGAAAUGCCCAACAGAUGUUUUGUCAGUUUUCUCGUUUUACUCUUUUCUGUUCGGUUUGGUCUGGCAUUAUAUGAAAAUGUUUCAAUUGCCUUUGGUUUGAAAACUAAAGUACCAUGGUGAUGGACCAGAGAAGCAGCGAUAUUGAUUAAUGAUAUAUGUAUUUUCUCUUUUUCUUAUUACAUCAUAAAUAGUUGUUGCAUCCAAAUCCUUAAUCAAUUAUGCUAUAUUUUUUUGUA